AUGCCACCUUCCAAGACUGAAGUUAUCCUCACGGGGAUCGACAAUUGGGACGACUGGCAGAAUGCUUCUACGACAACCAAGAAGACCCCACAAGUGCUUCUACGAAAGCCAAGAAGACCGCAGGUAUCUGAUUUUAACGCGAACGCUCAGACUGAAGCCAAUCUUUCGGCAUCUCAAGUCAAUGCUUUCAGACUAGCCCGUGAUAAUUGGAAAGACAGCUCUAAGGAAUACGAGCAACAGAAAACCAAUCUCAUCAAGGCUAAAAGUGUUAUCAUCAGCUAUGUGGAUGAGAGGUUAGGUCGUUACCUUGAUCAAGACCAUGAUCUCCCUCGUUGGAUUGAUAGUCUAUCUGUAGCUGUCAAUGCCGAACAGACUAAAGCAACAGACGCACUUGUGAUGGAAUAUCAGCAGAUCAUCAAGUCAUUCAGGUGCACCGACUCAGCAACCUUUGCAGACUGGAUCUGGAAAUGGGAGAACUUUCUGCUGAAAGCUGCACGACAUCGAAUGCUUGAAGUAGCAGGUGGUCGUUGGCUAUUUGUUGGCUUGGUAUUUAUAUUUUUUCGUCAAGAAUCGACGGCUGACACAGAAAGACCCGGCAGUAUGGGCAAGAAAGACUACAAGGGAACUAUCCUUGACGGGAGAGACUCAUUCGACAGCUGGAAGAUGGAUCUUGAAGACAGCUUGUUGAAUGACGAUCUCAUGGGCUACGUCACCGGUGAGGCAACACCAGAAUCGUCAGCCUCAUCAGCUCCAGGAGAGAAGAGCGCAGCAGACAUCAAAAAUAUCUCUCUUGCGAGAAUGAAGAUACGACAGAGCAUCGACCAGAUCCACAAGAACUCGAUCAAUCACCUCAUCGAUCCACGCGCGAUUUACCUGUCCCUCGUCAACCGAUACGCCGCAUCAAACAAAGCGCGCCUCCGACAGCUCAUCCGGAUGAUGUACGACGUUAGCACGCAGACUCAUAGAACUGUGCAGGAAAAGGUUGACGACCUAAAGCGUCUCCGAUCUCAGAUCAAUAACCAAGACAAAGAUAUCGUGAUCCAUGAGCAGCUCUUGAUUUGCUUCCUACAAAUGAGUAUGGACGAUGCCUUCGACACGACAAUCGAGAUCCUGAAUGCCUCGACAGAUACUAUGACAAUGGAAAGAGUGCAGAGCGCUCUGGAAAGCAAGGAGCUGGAACUCGCCGAUGUAACAAUCAAGGGAGAAACUGCACAAUUUGCGGGUCGCCGUGCACGGAACAGAAAAGACAAGGGAAAUAAUGGGUCUAAGACACUGGGUAGUGGCGAUGAUGGUAAGAAGGAGUAUCUGAAGGAGGCAGGGGGAUGCUGGUGUUGUGGCGGUAUGCAUUUCAAGCAUGAUUGUGCAAUCUGGCGCCAGACAAAAGCAGGGAAGACUUGGCUAGCUUCUGAAAAGGGGAAGGCGAGAGUGGCUCUGGAAGACAGAGAGAAAGCAAACGCAACCAGGAAGCUUGACGACAGUGGUGGUGAAUCUCAGAAAUCUGCCUACUUGCCUCCUAACGCAAAAGGGACAACUCCUCCACAAUGGUAUCUCGACAGCUGUGCUUCCGUCCACAUCACCCCAAGGAGAGACCAGUUUAUCUCAGAGUUAUCCCCUGUAAAGACGCGUGUCGAGAUUGCAGACGGCUCUGAAGUCCGUUCAAGAGGGAAGGGAGAUGUGAGGAUCUUUUACAUCUCACAGAAAGGAAGAGCAAGAUCGACGAUAGUACGUGGGGUGCACUAUAUCCCAGACGCAGCGAGCAGCCUGCUAUCAGUCGGUCAACUGGAAGACAGAGGAGCACACGUUGUUGUAGACUCUCCAAGGAAGACAGUUACGGUGAUAAGAAACCAGCAGGAGGUGCUGUUUGCUCACAGACAUAAGAGGGUGUGGCGCCUGAGCCAGACCAGAGAGCACCAAGCCCUUACGAUCCAAGAGAAAGACGAGGAUAACGAAAUGGCUCAGAAGCUAACCCCGAAGAUGUCUCAAAGACUAUUACAUGCUAGGCUAGGACACCCCGGGAAGCAUAUGGAAGGCAAGCUAGACGCCCUGAUGGACGAUCUCGGAAACCAGCCGUUCUGCCCGCCAUUCUGUCCGAGCUGUACUGAGGCAAAAAUGACAAGGAAGGCCUCCAGAGAGCCCAUGUCUACUGUGACAGAAAAGCUAGAGAGGGUCCAUAUGGACCUCUGGGGCCCAGUUGAGCCAUCACUGCAAGGAAUGAAGUAUAUGUUGACGAUCACUGAUCAGGCUACAGGGAGAGUCUGGGUUUAUUUCUCUAGAGACAAGAUGAGGAUCGUUGAGAAGAUUAAGGCCUGGAUAGUUGUGGCCGAAGCAGAAUACUACAAAGGAACUAUCCUUGAUGGGAGAGACUCAUUCGACAGCUGGAAGAUGGAUCUUGAAGACAGUUUGUUGAGUGAGGAUCUCAUGGGCUACGUCACCGGUGAUGCAGCACCGGAACCGUCAGCCUUAUCAACUCCAGGAGAGAAGAGUGCAGCGGACAUCAAAAAUAUCUCUCUUGUGAGAAUGAAGAUACGACAGAGCAUCGACCAGAUCCACAAGAACUCAGUCAACCACCUCAUCGAUCCACGAGCGAUUUACCAGUCCCUCGUCAACCGAUACGCCGCAUCGAAUAAAGCGCGCCUCCGACAGCUCAUCCGGAUGAUGUACGACGUUAGCACGCAGACUCAUAGAACUGUGCAGGAAAAGGUUGACGACCUUAAGCGCCUUCGAGCUCAGAUCAAUAGCCAAGACAAAGAUAUCGUUAUCCAUGAGCAGCUCUUGAUUUGCUUCCUACAAAUGAGUAUGGACGAUGCCUUCGACACGACAAUCGAGAUCCUGAAUGCCUCGACAGAUACCCUGACAAUGGAGAAGGUGCAGAGCGCUCUGGAAAGCAAGGAGUUGGAACUCGCCGAUGUAACAAUCAAGGGAGAAACUGCACAAUUCGUGGGUCGCCGUGCACGGAACAGAAAAGACAAGGGAAAUAAUGGGUCUAAGACACUAGAUAGUGGCGAUGAUAGUAAGAAGGAGUAUCUGAAGGAGGCAGGGGGAUGCUGGUGCUGUGGCGACAAAAGUGAUUGUGCAAUCUGGCAACAGACAAAAGCAGGGAAGGCUUGGCUAGCCUCUGAGAAGGGGAAGGCGAGAGUAUCUCUGGAAGGAAAAGAGAAAGCAAACGCAACCCGGAAACUUGACGACAGUGGUAGCGAAUCUGAGAAAUCUGCCUACUUGCUUCCUAACGCAAAAGUGACAGCUCCUCCACAAUGGUAUCUCGACAGCUGUGCUUCCGUCCACAUCACCCCAAGGAGAGACCAGUUUAUCUCAAAGUUAUCCCCCGUAAAGACGCGUGUCGAGAUUGCAGACGGCUCUGAAGUCCGUUCAAGAGGGAAGGGAGAUGUGAGGAUCUUUUACAUCUCACAGAAAGGAAGAGCAAGAUCGACGAUAUUUGCGAAGGAAACCGUGGCGCAGUUUCUCUAUGACGACUCGAUGAAGCAUUCAACUCCUAUGGAACCUGAAGCUAUACGGAAGCUCGUUGAAGAACCAGGUCGGCCUCUGAACCAUGAUGAGUAG